UCCAUUCCACCUACCAGACUCUUUCUGACUAAAGUUUACAAGAAUAUGAAGAUGAUCCCCGCAUUAUUGUUCGUUCUGGUAUUUGCUGGGCAAAAUAUUCCUGAGUCUGCAGCUGCAGGCAAAUGGUGGGAUGCAUUUUCUCAACCGACCAAUAUCCGAUUGAUGAAUGAGAAAAUCCAGAGUCUAAGACAUGGACUGGAGGUCCAUCUAGGCUCAAACAUUGGAAACGAUGUGGAAGACAAAGCCAAGAUUGGCAGUGUAACACAGGACUUCUGGAAUAACAACCAAAACCUGGUAAAACAAUUGGUGCACAACUGUGUCAGGAGGGAGUAUAUGGAGGCCAGCCACUGGGACACAUGUGACGAUAUCAUCCGAGGAUUACUGGACAAUUUGGCAAUUGGGGAAAGUGAUAUUGGUACUUACAGGACAUUGAGUGGAUCUUCAUCAGCCACUAGAACUGAGAGUGGAGGAAAGUUCCAGAAUCUCUUGAUGGAAAAGCUAGAAAGCCUUAUCAGAACUUCGUUCAAUAACUGCCAGCCCGAUGGUGUCAGAACCGACACAGAAUUUCAAAACUAAUGACCUGUUAUAAAUAACAAAGUGAAGUUAUUAAACUUCGUGAAUGAUUUAUUUAGAGCUUAUUUACACCUCUACUCAUAACAACUUUUUAUUAUCAUUACUGAUUGCCUGAUUUUUUGUU